AGCACGACAAUAUUAAGAAUGCAACUACCUUAAUUAACUAGAACGCACACAAGCACAACAAAAAAACUCAAAAGAAAGAGAGAAAAAUGGCUUUUGCCGGUGGUGGUAGUAGUGGUGAUUGGCCAAACACGAGGAGCUUCGCAGUGCAGGUCCUUGUCGGCCGGUGGUUCAUGGUAUUUGCCACCAUCCUCGUCAUGUCUGCGGCCGGUGCCACCUACAUGUUUGGCCUAUACUCUGCCGAGAUAAAAUCCUCACUUGGCUAUGAUCAAACGACCCUAAACUUGCUCAGCUUCUUCAAGGACUUAGGCUCCAAUGUCGGCAUCCUUUCCGGCCUAAUCAACGAGGUAACACCGCCGUGGGUGGUGCUAUCCAUCGGAGCAGUCCUCAACUUCUUUGGUUACUUCAUGAUAUGGCUCGCAGUAUCCAAAAAAAUUGCAACACCCCAAGUUUGGCACAUGUGUUUAUACAUAUGUAUCGGUGCAAAUUCUCAGUCUUUUGCCAACACCGGAGCCCUUGUCACCGCCGUGAAGAACUUCCCUGAGAGCCGAGGCGCAGUUUUAGGCCUUCUCAAGGGUUUUGUUGGCCUAAGCGGUGCAAUCAUCACUCAAAUCUACCAUGCAAUUUAUGGGGAUGAUUUAACAUCACUUAUUUUGCUCAUAGGUUGGCUACCGGCCGCUAUUUCGUUCGCUUUUCUUCGAACAAUCAGGAUAUUGAAAGUUGUUCGGAUUCCACAUGAACUCAAAGUUUUCUACAGAUUUCUGUAUAUAUCUUUGGGUUUAGCUGGAUUUCUCAUGGUAAUUAUCAUACUCCAGAAAAGGCUUGAUUUUACAAGGAGUGAGUAUGGUGUAUGCGCAACAAUUGUUCUUAUUUUGCUGUUUCUACCAGUUGCUGUUGUUUUAAAAGAAGAAAUUUAUAUCUGGAAGAAGAAAAAGCAGGAAUUGGAGGAUCUUUCAGUUUCACAGUUGAAGCUUGUGACAGAAAAACCACCAAACUCCGACGUGGUGGCUCCACUACCUAUUUCUCAACCACCACCACCAACAUCCACCACCUCUGAAUCCCAACAAAAGCAAGAAAUUUCCUGUUGGAAUGCUAGGAGUAUAUUCGGGCCACCGGACCGAGGGGAGGACUAUACAAUCCUUCAAGCACUCUUUAGCGUAGACAUGUUAAUCUUAUUUUUUGCAACUAUUUGUGGGGUUGGAGGAACCUUGACAGCAAUAGACAAUUUAGGACAGAUUGGAUCGUCACUUGGCUAUCCAAAAAAAAGUAUUAGCACAUUUGUUUCCCUGGUAAGCAUUUGGAACUACCUAGGUCGAGUAGUUUCAGGUUUCCUGUCUGAACAUUUCUUAACCAAAUACAAAUUCCCAAGGCCCCUUAUGCUCACUUUAACACUAAUAAUUUCAUGCAUAGGUCACUUGUUAAUUGCAUUUAAUGUCCCAAAUGGUCUCUAUAUUGCAUCUGUGAUCAUAGGAUUUUGCUUUGGAGCCCAAUGGCCGUUGCUUUUCGCGAUAAUUUCUGAACUUUUUGGACUUAAAUACUAUUCAACACUGUACAACUUUGGUGCCGUGGCAAGCCCGAUUGGAUCAUAUUUGCUGAAUGUGAGGGUGGCCGGAAAUUUGUAUGAUAAGGAAGCCGAGAAGCAAAUGCGGGCCAUGGGCUGGGUCAGGGAGCCUGGAGAGGACUUGAAUUGCAAUGGGGUGGAAUGCUUUAGAUUGGCUUUCUUGAUAAUCACUGCAGUUACUGUUUUUGGAGCAAUUGUUUCACUUAUUUUGGUGAUAAGGACUAGAAAGUUUUAUAAAAGUGAUAUCUACAAGAAAUUCCGGGCCGAGGCGGAGACUGCCGAGACAGAGAUGGGUCCAUUGCCUGCAAAUGGCAAUGGAAUUGCUCAAAGUAAUAACAAGGGAUAGGAUCGAUACAGAAGAAGAAGAAGAUUGAAGUAUACAUAGAUAUAGAUGGAAUUCAACAAGGGUACAAAAAGAAAAAAAGACAAACGUAAAAGGAUUUCUACCACUCUGUGACACGAUCAUUUGUUAUGAAAUUUCAUGCUUUCUAAAUUUUCUAACAUUUUUUAAGCUUUUCCAAAGUAAUAUGUUUGUGUGUUUGCAUUAUCGUAGUUGAGCUCAUAUAAAGGAGGAGUUUGUAGUAAGGAAUUGUAAAAGUUAUAAUAUUUUAUUACGACAUAAAUAUAAGAAAAUUUUACCAUUGGUCA